AAUAUUCAUUUGCGGAGAAAGAGCGUUCUCUUUUUGCAUCCGCAUAAGAUGUUCCUAACGAAAUUUCGUUUAAAUCGAGUUAGGAAACAAAUUUAUUCGCUAGACGAUAAUUCGUUUGACGUAAAUCAAGAUCUACAUAGAUAAAUGAGUUGAUCGUUAACGGUUAUAGCUUCCGACUGAUAUCGUGGAGACUAUUCAAAAGCAUUUUUAUAAAGAAAAAGAAGAAAAAAUUAAUAAAAAAAAAAAAAAAAAGAAAAUAAACGAAGACUUAUAUCGAGCUAGAUGUUACUUAAAUUGCCAAAAGAAAAGAAAAGGAAGAAAGAAAGAAAAAAAAAGAGGGACAUUUGGAAUUUAAAGAUUCAAUCUUGUUUAAUUCUAGAUCUUAAAUGUAUUAUAGAGAAACUUAUAUUGUAGAUUUAUUAAAGAUUUUCUGUAUGUGUGUAAAUAAUAUAACGUAAAUAUUAUUUUUUCUUUUAUUUUUUUUUUUCUUUUUUUUUUUUUUUUCUUUUUAUUUUCUUCUUUUAAAUUCCACACAUUGAGUUCGAAGAAGAGCGCGAGAAAAUACGGAUAAAAUAUGUAUAUAGGGGUGAUAUUGUCGUGUCCCAUCAUCGAAGUAUUUUUAUCAAAGUGUUAACGAAGAGUAAACGAUUGGUUGGAUGAACAAAGAAGUAGGGAACAAAAAAUAGAAAAAAAAAAAAAACAAGAGGCAGUAAGCGAGCUCGAGCGUUCGCAUCGGUGAGGGUCGACCUUGAACGAUCAAAGCAUGUGGAUUUGAUGUAUGGGAUUGACGAAGGUUUAAAAAAAGAAAAAAACGAUGCACACACACACAUGCAUGCAUACAUGUACGCAGAAGGGAAAUAAAAAAGGGUCAAGAGAAGAUGGAAUGAGAGAAGAAAAGAAGGAAAAUAGGAAGAGGGACCACCAAGGGAAAGAUCGAAGUAUCGUGACGCAAAGAUAGCUCCGUUAUGACCGACACGGCAUAGCACCUUCACUUUGGAGUGCAACAGAUAGUAUAGCGGAGAGUCGAAGCGUUUGCUAUAUUAUGUUGUGCCGCUGACCCAAAUGAAUCCUACCGACAGUCAGUCCCGGUCCGGGCUUCUUCGCGGUGAUAUUGUUCCCGCGCUCUUACUCUGACAGAUUUAAAAGAAAAGAAAAUAAAAACAAUAGAUAAUAAUCAUAAUAAUAAUAAUAAUAAUAAUAAUAAUAAUAAUAAUAAUAAUAAUAAUAAUAACAACAACAAUAACUUGAUAGCGAUAACGUGUCUUCGCAUCGAUGAUAGAAUAAAGAGGAGAGGAAGGAUUUUUCGUCGUUCAUUUUUAAUUUUUGGAUAUCAGACACGCAAAAGAACACGCGCAUAUACAUACCAUCAUUCUCGCUUUGUUACGUGAAAAAUUACUUUCCAUAUUGUCGCUGUAUUCUUAACACGUGGUACGCGCUUUCGCGUGGGAUAAUUUAAAGGAUCGUGCAAAAGUGAAAUAUCAUUCUCCCUGUUAUAUAUCAAUUAUAGAGAAGUUUUCCGAACAUUUAUAAAUCCAUGGGGAAAAAAUUAUCGACGCGUUGGUAACUUCUGGUUGGACGUUUAAUCGUAGUUUCGAUUAAAAGAGCGGGAAAAGAAGAGGGGAAAUUUCAAAUUUGAACGGAAGAAAGCGGAAGAGGAAGAGGAGGAAGCAGAGGACAACGACGACAAGGAGGAUCACGAAAAAAUACGAUUUAUCUCAUAGCACGUGUAGGUAUGCUAAAUCGGUACUGCUGACUGUCGCAAGGAACGAGGGUACGGUCGAUCUGAAAAUACGCAUUGGCAGGGUGCUUGUGAAAAAGAGAGAAAGAGAAAAAAGGUACAACGGGAUAAAAGAAAAAGACGAUGAAGAAGAAAGGAGACAUUUGCAGGAUGUAACAGAUUCGCUAGAUCAACGUUAAAAAGAAAGAAAAGGAACGAGAGAGAAAAAAGAAAAAGAUAAAAAAAAAAGAAACGAAGAAAAUUACGACGUUCGAAGAUUUCUUACGAAUUACUUGUAAUAUUAUCAACGAAGAAGCGAUGCGGUUGCAUUCCACGGUCUUUCUUGUUCUACGAUAAUCAUUGAAAGCAGAGUUGCAAGUUGGCCUCGAAAGUGACCGCGGGACAACAUAGAGAGAAAGGGGAGGAGAGAGAAAGAAAGAGAGAGACGGGUCGUUGCCGUGUUAGGAAUUUGGCACGACGCAUUCUUCGAGUCCAGGGCCUCGCAAAAAGUGGCGGUGCAAAGAAAAUGCGGAGGAAGCCUUACCGGCUUGUCCUGAAUCCUCAGCCGAUAGAGAGAAGUAGUCAGUUGAUCGGCGAAAAAUGCGAAGCGAGGUGAGCGAAUGGCUGGCAACGUGUGUGGGUUCGCCGAUAUGUAUCCUCCUGCUCUCUUGGUCCUUACUGAUCUAUCAAAAUCAGCCAUCCUCGACAAAGAGAAGGAUAGACGUACUCACUGUGGCAAUUCUUGCAGAAAGUCUUGUAAAUCAGCUAGGAUUAUUGUUUUACGCUGUCCUUACCUUAAUUCGACCAGCCAAUCAUUUCGGAGAAUUAUGUUCAACGUUAGUAUGGAUUUUGAACUCAUCGAGCAUUCUUCAAGAAUUGACCUUAACGUCUAUCGCCAUUUUCGCAGCAAUAGGGAGCAGGGAUGAAGGCUUCAACUUGACGAAAAAUCAUUUGAAGUAUCACCUAGUCAGUUUAAGCAUGAUAAGUGCUUGCGUAGGUAUAACAGGUGUUCUCAACUUCGAGCCGGAUAUUUGCGUAUUUUUACCGCAAGAAAUUUCUACGAAGUAUGGAAUAUUCGUCAAUUCUCUCAGAUGUUUGCUAUUAUUUGCCUCGCUAGUCGGUCUAACGAUCGCUAUAUUUAAAAGUCUAUGCCGUGCGCCAAAAGCGGAAUUGUUAAAGUCCGUCUCGGAUUUGUCCGAAACCAGUUCGAAAAAUUCAUCGGGAGCGUUUGAGUGUCAUCCUCAUCAAUGGGAUCCUUCGAGUGGAUCGUGUACCAGUGGUUCAACCAAUAGCAGAGCAUGUCUACGUAAGAAAAAAAUUCACAUCGAUGAAAGUGGGGAAAGAUCAACUGUUUACAGCAUCCUCUUUGUUUGUUACAUCUUCGAACAUCUACCAGUUCUGAUUGUUUCCAUCAAACCGAGUCUUCUGAGGAAUUUUUGUACCGUCCAAAAUUUAGCGAUGUGGUUACCACUCGUUAAGGAUACUCUUUUACCCGUUUUCUUGGCAAUCUUUGAUAAAAUGUUUUGUCGUUAUGUCGCCAAAGUUUACACGAAGCAAGACCAUGCGAGGAGACUCUCACACGGCGGCGUCGACGGCAAGUUUCGACAUUUCGAACAAGACGCAGAAUAUAAAUUACAAUUGAACCUAAAUCAUGGCUUGAAAUUUCCUUUGACCAACGGAAGUCUUUAUGGGAGAUUGCACAAUCAUCAAAAUAGAGGCAAAACAGGGACGAUAACUAUGGGUAUACAACAUUAUCCAAGAUCUCAAUCUGUCAACGAGGACAGUAACUACGCCUCGUUACCUGCGGAAUUAUCAUCGUUCACGAGUUCGACCUUCGAACCUCGUCAAGAAAUAAGACAUAACGAAUCACCGAAAAAAAAUCCGAUCGACGAUCGAGCCGAUCGUUCAUGUAGGAUCAACGAAAACUUUACCGAAUUAGCUGGAAAUCGUAGAAAGAUCGGAAGUACCGAUGUUUUUGGUCAGAACAUGGAAAAUUUAGUACAAAUCGAGGAUACAAAUUCGAAACGAAAAUUUGCGAAAAGUUUGGACGAAAUAUGCGAGGAACCACAACGAAAACACGCACGAAGCGUUUUAGGAUUGGACAGUUUAGUAAUCGCAUUAGAUAACGGUAUGAGAGAACAACAACAACAGGCGAGGAAUGCUCUAAGAAGAAAUCAAAGUUUCGAUCAUGCGAGAUAUCAUCGACCGGUUCUCGAUACAAGGACUUACGAUUUAAAGAAGGAUGAACACAGAAGGGAACAACAAAGUAUUCAUCAACGACAAAAUAGUCAAGUACUUGGAGAUGGUUACGAGACGUCCGAUGACGAAAGCUGCGAUUUAGAAAAUGGAGACUUCGACACUAUGAGCUCCUGUAGGAGCAGGAGUAGGAGUUGUUGCUCCGUUACAACGGUUGCUAAUGAUGACUUUGAGUACUUUCAACGUAAGGGAACCAAGGUGGAGCUAUUGCCCUCGAAGCGAAGCAGCGAGGUAAAGGUCAACAUGCGAUCUUUCACGCCGAGGAUCAUAGAGAACGAUACCAUCGAUCGGGACGAUAAAAGAGCCGACAAAACGAUCGACAACAAACCAAGUAUACAAUCGUAUCAUUUGAAGAAGAGAAUUGGACCAGGUUUUUCUAUGAACGAUCUUGAUAAAUUAACCACCGUCGAAAGGAAGUUUCCAAACUUGUCGAUGGAGAGCCUGAAGAGUAUCCUGAAGAAUACGGAUGUUAGUUAUUUGGAUAACGGUGACAUCUGUAGGCACGAUAUCGGUGGCUCAGCACCGGACUUUAAAAAGAUCUUUGUCACAGAAUUUAUCUGAUUUGUAAUAAACAAAACUAUUGUUUUGAUAAAAGUUCUAAUGUCACGUAAUUAAUUCAAUCGAUAUUUUUUCGUUCGGAAGUUCAUGCCCAAUUGAAAUCAUAUCUUGUGUGAGUUUCUUUUUUUGUCUCUUUUUGUCUUUUUUUCUUAUUGUUAUUUUUUUUUUUUCUAAUUUUUUUUCACGAACGUAAAAUAGAUUGAAUUUAAUGUUUUCGAUCUAUGAUUUUGUUAAAAAAUAAAAUCAUAUUCGAUUUAAUCGUUCAUUCAUCGUGACUAAUAGGAUUUAUUAUCUAUACGGUUGAAAAUAAUUCUCUCGAUGGCAAAAAGCCAAUACACACACACACACACACAUAUAUAUAUAUAUACAUACACAAGCGUGUACGUAUGUGAAAACUUUGUUUAUAUAUUAUAUUCACAGUAUCACGUAAAUAUAUACGUGCGCUAUGUAAAAAUGUUGUAAAAUAUAUUUGAGUGACUUCACGUCACGAAUUAUAGAACGACGUUGAAGUCCGAUAAUAUCGCAUCGAGUUCAUUUUGUAUAUAGCUUGUACAUUUUUAUUAAAUAUUAAUAUUUAACGUGAUAAAUAUGUGAAACGCGCUUAAUAAAAAGCGCGUUGGUGUUCAUUCGAUUACAUCGUCAAGCGAUAAUGUGUUUUUGUAAUAUAAUGGCGAAUAAAAUUUCUCUUAUUUGGGACUUAA